UAACGUUCUGUGUUUAUUGAUUAUUUUCCUGUAACUGCAUGUCAGGUCCUGUUUUAUUCCUUACUUCACUGUUAGGAAUGUCCUGGACAUGACAUGUGCUGUCACGCCCCUUAAUCUAACCUAUCCCCGCGUGCGGCUCUAUCCGCAGACUUCAUUUCCCACAAUGCAAUCCGAUCCGCCCUUGCGUGCCAGUACCAAAGAGAGGCUACGUUUCAAAUAGCGUCCCGCUCUCACACAGUGUACCACAUAGGGCUCGAAAUGCUAACAGUCUGCACCUUUCUUUGUGCACUACCUAGCUAAUUACAUGGCGAUUUGGAAUUGAUCCAGAAGCGUCGAUAGCUGCAGGCGAAAACAGCAUGGAAGCAGCACGGUAACGCCACUCAGUUACAGACAGAAAACAAGCGACUUUUGUGUUUUUGGAUGUCGUCUGCUGCGGGUUUGUCUGAACUCACCAUGCGUAGUUUGCGUGCGUGACUGGUCGUCAGCUGCGUGAAGCAGCGCUCGUGACUCCGGCUAAGCGACAGUUGGCUAAGCUGCUGUAGGGUUUGUGUUGGGUUAACGUUAGCUGGCUAAGCUCAAGGGGAGUGGUUGUCAAAGUGUCACCCGUGUGUUAGAAAGAAAAGAAAAGUCGUCCUGCGGCUCGGUUCGGAAAAGGAACAGGUGCAAAAACAACGGAAAAGCUGUUUAUUUAAUCCGGAAGGCAGUCCUCCAGCAAGUGUAUGAGUGCAGCCAGCAAACCCCCCUGAGUGCUGGCGUGUGGUGCGUAUAGCGGGUUAGCAUGGGGAACGGAGUACAGGAACAUGGGGGGGCGCUCACACAGGGUGAGGUGCUUCCACGACCUUCGUCCAGCCAGUCAGAGGGUUUUAAGCAGGGCCGGAAUGUGCUGAACACAUUACUCUCUGGAGCCUUCGCAGGAGCUGUGGCUAAAACAGCUGUAGCUCCGCUGGACAGGACCAAGAUCAUCUUCCAAGUGUCUUCAAACAGAUUUUCUGCCAAGGAGGCGUACCGAUUGAUUUAUCGCACCUAUCUGACUGAAGGCUUCCUGAGCUUAUGGAGGGGCAACUCCGCCACCAUGGUGAGGGUCAUCCCUUACGCUGCCAUCCAGUUUUGUGCCCACGAACAAUACAAGAGGCUUCUAGGAGGCUAUUAUGGCUUUCAGGGCAAGGCUCUGCCUCCUGUGCCGAGACUCCUGGCUGGCUCACUGGCUGGCAUCACAGCCGCCAUGCUCACGUACCCGCUCGACAUGGUGCGCGCCCGCAUGGCAGUCACGCCGAAAGAAAUGUACAGUAAUAUAACGCACGUGUUUGUGCGGAUCUCCCGCGACGAAGGACUGAAGACCCUCUACAGUGGAUUCACUCCGACUAUACUGGGCGUGGUUCCUUACGCAGGCCUCAGCUUCUUCACUUAUGAGACGCUUAAGAAACUCCAUGCAGAGAAGACAGGACGAGCUCAGCCUUACUCAUACGAGCGGCUGGCGUUCGGCGCGUGCGCCGGCCUCAUCGGGCAGUCGGCUUCGUACCCGCUGGACGUGGUGCGACGGCGCAUGCAGACGGCCGGUGUGACGGGCCACGCGUACAGCACCAUCGUGGGCACCAUGCGGCAGAUCGUGUCAGAGGAGGGCGUCAUCCGUGGCCUGUACAAAGGCCUCAGCAUGAACUGGGUCAAAGGGCCUAUUGCUGUGGGCAUCAGCUUCAUGACCUUUGACCUCACCCAGAUCCUGCUGCGCAAGGUGGGUGCAAGAUAGCCCAUCACUUUUUAGGGGCAGCACGGUAAGCAAGAUGUCUGCCUGUAUCCCUAUAUCUGAGGCGGCCUGGAAAGGAAUAAACAGGGUCUUCUUGCUGCUCGUGACGGACUCAGCGAGGAGGAAGAGUGGAAACCAGGGCACAUGCUGCCAGAGAAAACAGGAAGUUUACCAACUGACACACGCACAGAAAUGGGACUUUUGUGGAAGUUUGUGUUUCCACAUUUUGCCGGGCUGUGAAAUGAGAUUUUAGUGAUUUUUUUUGUUUAUUUUUUUGUUUUGUUUUCUGAGUUGGAGAAUCUCUUGGUACACACUAUGUGUGUAUGUGUGAGUGCGUGUGUGAAAUAGAGAAAUAGAGUUACAGACAGAGACGGAAUGAAUGUACAUCCUGUAUUUUCUCUCCCUUUAUACUGCCCUCUCACAAGUGUCCAAGUCCAGCAACAUACAGGAUGUUGGGUUUAGUUGCCUUUGUUUUAUGUUGCAUUUUGUUUGAAUAUCUAAAAGUAUUUAGUAUGAGAGACACAAAAACAGAAGAAAGCAAAUACUUUUUCACAGCACUCUACAUGCAUGUUUAUGAAAUCCUUAUUUCCUACAGUAUCAUUCAGUUAAACCCUCUUGGUUGCCAGCAGCCAAUCAGGAGAUGGAAAUGAUGGGGGUAAGACCUUGAUUGGUUAAGUAUGACAACUAAUAAAUAAUAGACAUGAGGCAGGGCUUAAGGUUUAGGUCUUAAAUGGCAUCUUGUGUAGUGUUUCAAAAAAUGAAUUGAAGAAGGCUAAACUGCCUGCUGCUGUUUAAUACAUUUGAAUACAUUAAUACAUUUAAAUUUAAUACAUUUAAAAAUGUAACUGUGUAAGCACCUAGCAGGAAGAAAAAAAAGCAUCAAAUAUUCAUUUAAUCACUCAGCUCUACUUCAUGCUCGAUUCUAUAUUUUUAUAGAUAAUUUCUGUAUCUAUAUUUCCUCUCUUCUGUGUGUGUUAACCUCCGAAUUUCUUUUCCCCGCCCUUCUGCCAGACGUCUGAUGCGUCCGAGCUGCCUCGAUCGUUGAUAUAUAAUAAUGAUAAUAUAUAAACCCGAAAGAUAUAUUUUUAUUAUUUCAUUUCAGCCGUAUGAAUUUUUGAUUAUCAUUUAGUAGUGAACCUAUAAAAUUUUUUUGUUUGUUUGUUUUUUAAAGAGAGAAACAGCAAUAAGGAUGUUAUGAAGCAGAACGGAGAGGUGUUAUGGGGAAGAUUCGGUGCGUCGCGCUACUCGUUCUCACUGCUGAUGAACAAUGUCCACUGCUUCUAUCUUUAUCCUGAGCAGUAUGUGGUCAGCCAGUCACACCACAGAGGGCCGAGAGCAGGUGGUGUGUGUGAGUGAGUGUGUGUGUGAGAGAGAGAGAGAGAGACAGACAGAGAGAGCUGACCAGCUGUGGGCAGUAAAAUGCAGUUUGGCUCUUAUUUAAAGUUGUGUGUGGGGUGUUGUUUCUCUCUUGUCCUACACAUCUCUGUGCUUUAGUAGGUACACCGUGGUGCGUAUUAAGACGUGUGUGUUCAGGUUAGGUGUGUAAAUGAUAAUGAGCUUUGGAUGAGAAUAUGCUAAGUGCCUCCAGAGAGAGAAGACAGAUAUACUAUAACUGAUGCGUACUAUCAGAAAAAAGGGAACCUUUCUUUAUCGCAUAUCUUCUUAUUACCUUUAUUAUGGAUCUUUCACCUGGAAAUGUGGAUAUAGUGCAGCUUUAGAAAUGAAUUAAGAUGCACAACUUGAUCUAUAUAGAGUAAAGCUUAAAGCAAAGUGCACUACAUGCGCCUUUCUGGAUAAAAGAUACAAAGUGUCUGUGCUUCCGGAUAACAUCCCAGCGACAGAGAGCAGUACAGUCGAGUUUCCUUGUUUCUGAUGCGUCAUACGGUUAUACAUCUCCUAUAUCUUGUGACCAUGUGUGAUUAAAGUGCAAUAGGUAAGAGCUCAUUCCGAGUAACUGCAUGAUUUAUUAUCGUCCUCGUUUCAGCAGUUUGGUGUCCUGAGGAAAACGUAAAGGAAUACUCCAGCACUUUGCUGUGUGUGUGUGAGAUUACGCUGAACUGGAAUUUCAGCACCUUUUACCUGAGGAGAAAAGAACAAAAAACCUGUUUUCAACAUCAUUUACAUACAAAGGACAGUUUAUGGAAAACGUUUGAAUGAAUUCUUCAGUCAGAAAUAUUCUCAAGUGCUUUCAGAUGGGACUGCUUUUUUCGUUUGAUGUGAUGGUACUGUGUGUAGCACAAUAAUGACUUUUUAUUGUUCUGUGUUGUUGGAAGUUUCGAUGACUCUUCAGAAGAACAGCUUUUGGUAACAGGUCUUCCUCAUCUUAACACCGUUGUGUUGAAUUUGCGUUCUACACUUGCAUUAUAUGUGAGUUUUGACUGAACAGUUUUUCCUGUUCUUUUUUUUUUGUUUGUUUGUUUGGAAAUGAAAAUGUGUUUGAUUUCCGUUCUGCGUUAGAGAUGCAUCGCUUCCCUGCUUCACGAGUGCAUGCUCAUGCAUGUUCAUUUCCUCAUACUUGUAAAAAUGAUCUGAUGCCAACAUCGAAUACCACAUAUUUGUAUGUGAAGUAAGUCUAGUGUACGUUGUCGCGCGAACUCAUGAACACGAAAUGACCGCGAUCUGGAUGUAUUUCAUGAUUACUGAUGGCAAAGUAAAGCAGACCACAAACUGCACAAUAUAUCAAGGCGACGUACUGCAGUCAGUCCCUCCAGGAUUUCAUGAUUGCAGAAAUUCCACGGUAUUCAGAGGAGCUUGUAAUUUUUCAACAACAUUGCAGAUUUGGGCCAAGACGAGUCCUGUGACAUCAUCACAACGUUCAGCAUGCAGCCAAAUAUCCCUCUUCGAUUCACGUGCGUCGAACAUGAGUACAGCUAAAAGUCCUCAUUUACCAACAAACAUCACCGUGAAAGAACGUGCACAACAAUUGUGCGAUUGCAAUUUCGUUUUCAAGAAAACUCCUCAAAUCUCAUGGCAAUUAUUUAUUUUUUUUUUUUUUUUAAGCCGCAGCAAAAUCAAGCAUUUUUGGCCGCAACAAUGACAGAAAAACUCCACGACAUCCUGUACCAGAGCGCGAAAUGUGCUGUGAAUUGCACACACACACAAAGAAAGAUAUUGAGCGAGCAGAGAAACUGUACUGUGUGUGAGAGAGCACUUAAGUUCAGCGAGCACUGAGCACUGCGAAUUUCAUGCUUUGGGUCUACGCUUUGCUCAUUUUUAACGAGCACGCUCGCUGAUGCUGCUCAUCGCACUCACAGAGCUUAAAAAUGAUAAGUUCCAUAAUGCCGUGAAGUAGGUUCCUCAUUUCAGUAGCGGUAUCGGUGCACUCGUACCCGGUCUUGCCAUCGAUGCAUCUGUACUCCGUGGUAACUGCACAUUUGUUACAGUGAAUAUAGACUGACUUUUAAUGCAGUGAAGUAUUCCUUUAAUAUUAUUGACUAUCGUCAAAGCUUUCAGACGGAGUGACGUGUAAAUAUCUGCAUUUGCUUCCUGAAGUCCAACAGUCUGAUGUUCUGCACCGAUAUUCAGUGGUGUUGAUGAAACGGUGUGAUAGGACUGUGUGCUGUAUGAGCUGUGACCAGUUACUUAUUCACACAACAAUGUCAAACAAGGUCAGAUGAAAUUUUCAAAAGCGAACAAAAUGACAACACUUUUUCAAAAUCUGGUUUAGUUCUCUCUCUCUCUGUCUCUCUCUCUCUCUCUGUCGGUCUCUGUGUCUCUCUCUCUCUGUCGGUCUCUCUCUCUCUGUCUCUCUGUCGGUCUCUCUCUCUCUAGCUCUGUCUAGCUCUCGGUCUCUCUCCGUUUCUCGUUCUCUUGCGCUCUCUCUCUGUCUAUCUCUCUCUCUCUGUUUCUCUCUCUCUCUCUCUGUCUCUCUGUCUCUGUUUCUCUCUAUCUCUCUCUGUCUCUCUCUUUCUGUCUGUCUCUCUCUCUGUCUGUCUGCCUGUCUGUCUGUCUCUCUCUCUCCCUCUGUCUCUCUCUCUCUGUCGGUCUCUCUCUCUCUGUCUCUCUCUCUGUCGGUCUCUGUCUAGCUCUUGGUCUCUCUCGUUCUCUCUCUGUCUAUCUCUUGCUCUCUCUCCGUCUAUCUCUCGCACUCUCUCUCUCUGUUUCUCUCUCUCUCUCUCUCUCUCUCUCUCUCUCUCUCUCUCUGCCUGUCUGUCUCUUUGUUCCUUCAGCAGAAGAGUUUAUUAAUAGACAAUCACUCGAUGCCAAAGCACAGUUUGUGUGUGAGUCUGUUUUAUUUGGCAUUUUAUGUUGUGUUAUUUUGUAACUCAGUGAGGCCUAAUAACUUUGACACUGUUUGAAAAUGGUCAUUAUAUUGUCAAAACUAAUUAACCACAUGUUUUCCUUACAUGUAGCAGGUACUGAAAACUCAGACAUGUCUUUUUAAAUUUGAACUAACUGGACUAGAGAAUAUAACUUACCUUUACGAGCUGUAAAUGAAAUGUAAUUUUGCCUCAGUGAAGAAUGAAGUCACUCGAUGACGUGUCAGUGUGGUGAAAGUUCUGCUGUUUCCAGUGUUCGUGAUUUUUUUUGUCAAUGCGAAAUGGUUUAAUCUCUUUAAAAUGGCUCAUUUUGUGGCAUUUUGUAAAGAAUUUUAGUGUAUCGUGCCAACGAAUGUAUAUUAAACUAACCAGAUCAGUCA